AUGAUCUCCAGGGCGCCUAGGCAUCAGCGCUUGUCCAUCUCGCCAAUUUCCAUAGUUUUUACCUCGCCAGUGAACAUGGUGACGGACCAAACGUCGCCGCUUGCUGGUUAUAUUGGCAAGCGUGCCUCAAAACCCAGUCAGCGGAGUGAGGAGGCUCGGGAGAUUAUCGAAACUGCUUCCGAGGAGAAGAGCGGCUCCAUACAAGAACCACCGGAGGAGAAUGUCGAAACCCCCUUGGCUGGUCCGAAACCGACGGACGCAUCACGUACCAUCGGAGUUCGACGUCUGCGAAUCAAGAGCACGCCGAGACGCAGGCUCCUGGUCAAGAUGGAAGCUGAUGUGAAUCUCGACAUGUCGGCUGACGGGAAAAUUACCCAAGCCUCUCUCGACGAGCAAGAUGAGCAAGAUGACGUAACGUAUGAUUCUGGACACGAGUGUUCUGACUCUGGCUGGUCAUCGGCUGAGAGUGGGCAAGGAGACGACGUCGAAUCCCUGCCCCAACUUGGUGCCCCCCUGGGGGUGAACGAAGAGUUCCCGUGCGUUGGCUGUGAUGCGUUCCGACCUGGAGCACCGUUGCCACGAAAGCAGCCCUAUAUCCUACACUCGGCCUACGGACACUCUGUCAAGUUUCCCGAAUUCGAUCCCACGGGCCGUACGGGCCGGUACAUACCACAUCAUAGGGACACAAUCGUUGGCCUGAAAGGCAUUCUAAAGCCGUCUACCAUGCGCUUCAAGGAGUCCGAGGUAUCUGACGAUGCCGAAUCGGAUGCGCAGCCAGAUCUGCCUGUACACUACGCCGGAUCCACGACGGACGGCAACGGCAGCCAUGCAAGCACCCAAAUCAAGCCUGAGAUUAUGGGCCGUCUCGAGUCGAGCCCGGUGCUCCGAGGUCCCAGAGGCUCUGAUAAGACUGUGCAGCAUCCCUUCUACGACAAGGCGACGUCCCCCAUCCACAAGAGCCCGGCACCAGCUCGGUCAAUCGAGGUGGCACGCGCCGAGGCCUUGAAGCGAGUCCACGACCCCCCCCCAUCAUACAUAAUGUCCAAGGCGAUGAAACCGACAAUCGACCGACUCAAGAAGCGCAUAGAAGAUGGCACCGAGCCAUCCGAACAGAUCCGGCACGUGCACCUCGCAGCAAGCCCCGGCGCCAAGGCCGUGGAGGCGGAGCUGGAAUACCGAGGUCUCCGGACGAGCGUACAGAAGGACAUGCUCUUCUCCGAGCUAGCACGCGAGUACUCGCGACUGCUGGCGGGCUCGUCGGAAUGUCUCUUGAGCAUGUGGAGGAAGAUGAUGGGCGACCUGUACGACGAAUGUCUUGAGAUACGGCGGGACCUGACGACGCAGCCGAAGCCGACGGUCAAACCCUUGACGCCGCUGGAGGCGUUGGUGGCCUACGGGCAGGGGUGUACAGACGAGUCGAGCGUGUGCACGAGCGAUGACGAGGCUGAUGACGCCGGCAUCGUCACCAGCGGGGAGCGCGUGCCUGUCGGUCAGCAAUACGGAAGCGGAAGGCAAGGUCUCUGCAGAGCAGAUGGCACCAGGUCGAGCAUCAUCGCCUCUGAAAAGGCGACUGAGUGGUGA